AUGAAGAUAGAAUGCCGGUUGAGCAUUUUCAAAACCGGCAAUUCCUGUGUCCGUCCUUCUAAGGGAACGGUUUGCUUAGCAAAGCGGGGCCCUACAGGAACAGAAUACCAAGUCGUUUUCGAAAGUAAAUCAAGCGUUAUGCGAUUGCCUAUUCAUGCCACGUCCAGUCCCCACCUACGAAUAAUCAAAGAGCAUGUCACAGCUGGUAAAGUAACCUUCAUGAAUCCUGAACUAACUUAUUGUGUUAGCGGGGCUAACCCUACUCAUAUUCGAAGAUUACUACAAGAUGUUUCGAAAAUUCUACGAGGAGAGCAAGUUACCAUCGACUCCAACAAACCAAUCAAAAAGCAUCCUUUUAGUGGUAGUAAAGUUUCUCUAAUAGGUAAUGAGAACGCUGCUCAGUUCUUCGCAACUGGAGUGAAUCCAAAUCUCAAAGAAUUAGCGCUUACAGAAUGUACCCUUAAGAAGAUCCGUCCAGAGCUGUUCGCCUCCAGAAGCAUUAAUUCGUUCUCUCUUAUAAAUUGUACAUUCGAGCCUGAACUAGAUGGAAUAGAUUGUUUUUUUUCAAAAUUUAGUUUGCUCAAUAGGUUGCCUCUUCUAACUAGUUUGAAUUUAAGUGGAACUGAGAUCCCCCCUCAACACAUUUGUAUUCCCAAGACCAUUAUAGACGUUAACUUAUCAAAUAAUAAACUUCUCACCUAUUUACCCCGAAGUGUCUAUGAUCAUCCUACCUUACAAGCUUUAGACAUAAAGGGAUGCUCAAUAGAAGUACUGAGCCCUAAAAUUUCAAAUCUAAAAUCACUUAGGCUUCUCGAUCUCUCUAACAACCCUUUGCCUUAUCUGCCUGGCUCUUUAGCCUCGUUGCGCCUGGAUGCCUUCAAAGCAGACUCAUGCCUCUUCGACAUUGCUUAUGUUGAUGACGAGAAUAUCGUCCCGGAAAGGAUUCCAUCAACAUUGGAAAGUAUCGCAUGGGCCUGUUUACGGAACCUAAACCGUUCAAAAAGAUACAAAGGAAGAAACGAAACAUCUUUCUUAACCUCACUCAAAUUCAAUAACUGGCAUAGAUUUAUUUCUCCACCUGUGCUGUUAAGCGGUGAGACUUCAGUAAGCGAUUGCCAUAUCUGUGGAAAUCAUACGCCCAUCUCUUCUAUGGUUUCGAAGAUGAAAUUCGUUUCACCUCUUAGUUUUUCAAGUUUUACCGACUCAGGAUUUGUCCCACUCAAGUAUAAGCUCUGUAUCCGAUGCUCAGAAUAUUCUUGA